AUGCAAGCCACUGCAGCAGAUUCUGAUAAAAUCUACCACAAAAAUGGAGGACACUUCCAAAACGAUAAACUUUAUAAUCCUAAGAAAGAAAAUAUGUUCUUUUCCAAUGGUUGCAUCGAAGUUGAAACGACCUCUCCUAAUGGUGACGGGUACUCCUUGGCAACAGAAGAAAGAUCUAGUGACAGAGAGAACAGCAGUGUUGACCAGAGAGAUUUAUCAGAACUAUCCUUUGCAGAAAAUCAAGAUACUAAUGUGGAGAGUAUUUUUUCCCAGUCAAAUGAGUUUGAAGAUAGUAUUGACUAUGCUUUUUUGAAUGAGACCUAUUCUAUCCAUUAUUCAGAAUCAAAACUCAAGGAUGAAAAUCUUUUGCAUUUAUAUUCACAAUUAUAUCCUGAAGUACACAAAAGAGUAGAGAUGGGGUUUGACACUUUAGGACCUCAAGAUAAUAAUAGCAUUGGAUUGGGAAGGAGCCCCAAGGCUUCAGAUGCUGACUGUGGAGCCAUGCAGAAGAGUGACAUGGACGAGGACUCGCAGCAGGAGUACCACAGUGCAGAGCUGGAGUAUAUGAGUGCACACUUAGCCUUUGACCCAUCAAAGACAGCAAGCAGGUCUAGGCUGGACAUUAGUGAGGGGAAAACAUCAAGCUAUGACUUUAAAUGUGGUGGCAGUUUAGAAGAUAAUCAUGGCAACUUAAAGAGUGUUCCCAACCCCUCUUUGGAAUCACUUAAUGGUUUUGCACAAGAAUGUUCACCUCAAGUCUGUACCUCUCAGAGUUCUGAUAUGUUAAAAGAGCCAAAAUACGAAAAAUGUAAGGAACAAGAGCUUGAUUUAACAUAUCAUGAAGCAUUUGAUAACAUUUUACAGAGAAGCAGUUCUCCUGUAAGCCCUCAGAAAGUAUCUGAAACUCAAGUAUAUACUAAAGAAAUGAAAUCUCAAACAGUUGAAAGAAAAGACUUUUAUGGAAAUAGAGUUUUCCAGAACAAAGCAUCACAGCACCCUGAGAAUGCUGUCAUGUUUCUGCAAGACCAAGCCCUUGAGACACACCUGAGGGCUAAUGAUGCUCAACGGCCUUCUGGGCCUUGUAUUCCAGAUGACUCAGUCAUCUCUCUCUGUGGCUCUUUGCAAUACAAAAGCCUCCAUGAGCCAGGCUUUUUCUCUCCUGUGAUAGCACGGGUGGCAGCCACAGAUAAUCAGGAAGAAGUAGAGGACAGCUGCCUGCACCAUGUACAAGGCAGUGGCACAAAUAAAACAUGUCUUAUGAAAGAAAUGUACAUUAAGUCAACGCCAGAUGCAGCAUCCUGUGCAGCUGCAGUUCAGCAGAUACUGGAUGUGAGCAGCAGAGCAAAUGCAAGCUCUUCCAUAGUGUCUGCCUCAAGCAACACAGAGACAAAGAUGGUGAGGCAGAGUCAACCUGAAGAGUGGCAAAGUGACAAACACAGCGUGGCCUGUAAUACUGACUGGUCAUGUGGGUGGCAGUGCAGAGACGCCCAGGCCUGGGCCGCUGCCCCAAGAAAUGACACAGGACAGCAGCGCUCGCCUAGCGGCUCAAAGCCCAGUGGGAACUCCCUGACCCUGACCGAGAAUCCCUUGGAAUUAAGAAAAACAUUUGAUACCACAGACAGACAGAAACAUCCUGAGAGGGCAUUUCAGCUUUGUGAGGAGACGGCUCCACCAUCAAAGUGCUGUGAGAAGACCACUGAGAGGGCCAUGAAGGCAGAGAUGCACCUUCUGGAUGUUUGCUACCAGAUGUGCCAUCGCCACUGUUGCCACAUUUACAAACUUGUAAUGGAAAGUACAGCGGGACUCAAUAGGAAUUUACCAACUGAUUCUGCUAAGAAGGAAUUAGGCUCAGCACUGCUGUCUGUCCUGGGAGACUUGAAAGUUAGGUAUAUGAACUUGAAAGGAAAAGUCCACAAGGGCAUACCCCUGGAAGAGCUGCCUCCACUGUUACUGGAGUCCAAACUGUUAUCUGCCUUCUCUGAUUUUGCUUCCAGGCUAAUGAAAGAAGAAGCAUGCAGCCUUUCAGGAGCAAAUUCUGAGCUGGAUAAUAAAAGUCUACCUGAUGUUGAUAUUUCUCCAAGCCUACUAAAGACAUUGUCUCAGAUGUCUUUUAUAUCUGACCAUAGUCAUCCUAAGCAAGAUAAAUCACCCAUGAACAAUGUUUCUAAAAAUGGUGCUGUAAACAUAAACUUUAAUCACGACAAAGAGUGUAAAACCAUCCACGAAGCAAGUGAAGAUUGGUAUGAUGCCACAGAGAGGCUGACUGGAGCUGACUUCUCAGAAACUCAAGAAAACACCAGAUACGAGGAAUGGGAGCCAACGAAUCCAUUAGAAUUGAAUACUGACCUGCUUGGAAGAGGUAGAAGCUUUCUGAUACAUGUUGGUGGUCUUUGCCCUUCUGUAUCUGAGGAUGAUUUAAGGUAUCAUUUCCAGAAAUACCAAGUUUCUGAAAUUUCAAUUUAUGAUUCAUCAAUUUAUAAAUACAGAUUUGCAUCUCUUGCUUUUGCAAAAAACAGUAACGCAAAGAUGGCUGUGAAGGAAAUGAAUGGAGUAGAAAUCAAUGGAAAAUCCGUGAGCGUGCAGCUUGUGAAACCCCCUGAAGAGUACACACCACCACCUCUCUCCGCAGCUAGAAAUAGCAUGGGUGUGAAUCAUUUGGAGAAAAAUAGCAACAAAGAUGCCCCCUCUGCCACUUCCACUUAUAGGCUGCCCCGAGCUAGAUCAAAGCAGCCCGAGUUUGAGCAAGACAGUGAGUUUCCUCCCUUGGACCAGGGUAUCAAGAAAAAUUGUAACCAGAUAAAAUCUGAUCAGUUUUUACCUGAGACACCUUUUCAGUUCACACCUCCAAAUACACUAAACCUUCGUAGCUUCACCAAGAUCAUGAAGAGACUGGUUGAACUGCAUCCAGAUAUCAGCAGAGACCACAUCAUAAAGGCUCUUCAGGAAGUGAGGAUAAAUCACAGAGGUUUUCUGAAUGGCUUGUCCAUCAAUACCAUUGUAAAAAUGACUUCAUCUUUUCUGAGAAACUCUGCUUCCCAUUUGAAAUAAAUGAAGCAAC